AUGGACACCCCACAGGCUCUGCCACUCUUCCUACUCCUGGCCUCCUUGGUAGGGGUCCUCACCCUCAGAGCCUCUUCUGGACUUCAGCAAACCAACUUCUCCUCUGCCUUCUCUUCGGACUCAAAGAGCUCUUCCCAGGGGCUGGGUGCAGAAGUUCCCUCCAUCAAACCUCCCAGCUGGAAAUUUCCAGAUCAGUCUCUGGAUUCAAAAGGCUCUGCUGGAAUCUCUGAUUCCAGCCGGUUUCCUGAGGCCCUGAGUUCCAACAACAUGUCUGGGUCCUUCUGGUCAAAUGUUUCUGCUGAGGGCCAACAUUUGAGCCCGGUUUCCUCCUCUGAAACCCCUGGUUCUGAAGUAUUUCCUGAUAUUUCGGAACCUCAAGUUCCUGCCAAAGACCCCAAGCCUUCCUUCUCUGUUAAGACCCCAGCUUCAAACAUUUCUACUCAAGUCUCCAACACCAAACUCUCUGUUGAGGCCCCAGAUUCGAAAUUCUCCCCUGAUGACAUGGAUCUUCAACUUUCUGCCCAGAGCCCUGAAUCCGAAUUUUCUGCAGAGACCCACUCAGCUGCAAGCUUCCCCCAGCAGCUGGGGGGCCCACUGGCUGUGCUGGUGGGAACUACCAUCCGGCUCCCCCUGGUCCCAGUCCCCAGCCCUGGGCCCCCCACCCCUCUGGUGGUCUGGCGUCGGGGCUCUAAGGUGCUGGCAACUGGAGGCCUGGGGCCAGGGGCACCUCUGAUCAGCCUGGACCCUGCUCACCGAGACCGCCUGCGAUUUGACCAGGCCCGGGGGGUUCUGGAGCUCGCCUCUGCCCAGCUGGACGAUGCAGGGGUCUACACAGCUGAGGUCAUCCGGGCAGGGGUCUCCCGGCAGACUCGCGAGUUCACGGUGGGUGUGUAUGAGCCCCUACCCCAGCUGUCGGUUCAGCCCAAGGCUCCAGAGACAGAGGAGGGGGCGGCCGAGCUCCGGCUGCGCUGCCUGGGGUGGGGACCUGGUCGCGGGGAGCUGAGCUGGAGCAGGGACGGACGCGCCCUGGAGGCGUCGGAAUCCGAGGGAGCCGAGCCUCCCCGGAUCCGCUCAGAGGGCGACCAGCUGCUCAUCGUGCGCCCUGUGCGCAGCGACCACGCCCGGUACACUUGCCGCGUCCGCAGCCCCUUCGGCCGCAGGGAGGCUGCCGCCGACGUCACCGUCUUCUACGGCCCGGACCCGCCGAUCAUCACGGUCUCCUCGGACCGCGACGCCACGCCUGCCCGCUUUGUCACCGCGGGCAGCAAUGUGACCUUGCGCUGCGGAGGGGCGGAGAUACCUAGGAUAAGGGGCGGGGCCAGGGAGGAGGAGCACGAUACCGGAGGGGGGCGGGGCCAGCGGGAAAGCUGGAUCACCAAGAAGGAGCUGGUAUACCCGUGGGACUACGUCUUCAUUCUCUGCCUUCUCUCCGCAGACCUGCCCCCCGGGGCCCCACAGUGCUCAGUUGAAGGGGGUCCCGGGGACCGCAGCCUCCGCUUCCGCUGCUCGUGGCCCGGCGGAGUCCCUGCCGCCUCCCUGCAGUUCCAGGGUCUCCCCGAAGGCAUCCGCGCGGGGCCAGUGUCCUCUGUGCUGCUGGCUGCCGUCCCCGCCCACCCCCGGCUCAGCGGCGUCCCCAUCACCUGCCUUGCUCGCCACCUGGUGGCCACGCGUACCUGCAUAGUCACGCCGGAGGCCCCCCGAGAGGUGCUGCUGCAUCCGCUGGUGGCAGAGACACGGUUGGGGGAGGCAGAGGUGGCACUGGAGGCCUCUGGUUGUCCCCCACCCUCACGGGCAUCCUGGGCCCGGGAAGGGCGGCCCCUGGCUCCAGGAGGCGGGAGUCGCCUGCGGCUCAGUCAAGAUGGGCGGAAGCUCCACAUCGGCAACUUCAGCCUGGAUUGGGACCUGGGAAAUUACUCCACUCCUGAGAAAAAGAAGCAUCCUUCUACCUUGGUCCCCGUGGCCACCCCCUCAGAAAAGAAGAUGCACAGUGUGACCCCAGUGGAGAUUUCAUGGCCUCUGGACCUCAAAGUCCCGCUGGAGGACCACAGCUCAACUAGGGCCUACCAAGCCACAGACUCCAGUCCAGUCGUCUCUGUAGACGAAAGCUCAAAGACUGUUCGGACAGCCACACAGGUGUGAUCAGAGCCAGUGGCCUGCCCUGCACAGGGCAUUUUGGGCCAGAACUUCCUAUUUCACUCCAGCAGCAGGCAGGGCCUGCUAUGACUGAGGGUUGGACCCUGAAAGUGGGACUUUCUGUCUCCCUCUCUUGCUGCAGAGGAAGAGUCUUCCUGUAUUUGUGCAAGUAAGGAGAUGUGACUUCUUGGCUGGGAAACUCCUGCUGAUAGAACUGUGUGGUUUGCACAGCCUCCAAGCCUCUGCAGCAGACAGGCAGGGCUUGCUGUGUUGCUCUGAGCUAGAGAGGGAGCCUGGCCAUGCUCUCUGAAACAGUCCCCCUACAUUCACUUUGCCACCUGUAGGCCACACCCCAUGCAGCUCCCAGCAUCUUCAUCUUCAAACCGAUCAGAUCAUGUCCCUCUUCUCUUUAAACCCUUCUAGGGCCUGUGCAUUUCCCUUCAGAUAUUAUCCAAACUCCUUGUCGUGACCUUCAGAAACCUUGUGGUCUGGCCUCUGUUGGCCUCCCUGACCUCCCCUCCCAGUUGUUUCUCUGCCCCCUGACUCCAGUAUCACAGGCUGUCUCUCAGCCACAAUUUAUUUUGCCCCUAGAGUUUGCUCUGCUUGUAGCACUUCUUUUUCCCGUAUGUCAUUCAUUUCUCAAGUCUAAGAGUAACAAUUGCCAUCUUAGACAACCAUUCCCCUACCCCUCCCUUAGUCUUGGGUUAAGUCCCAGAAUCCUUGAAUUUGCCGUUUCUGAUACAUAAAUAUGUAAUUACUUGUGUGGCCUGAGACUCUCUGUCUAAACUAAGGGCUUUACGAAAGCAGAGACCACAUCAUUAUCUCAGCACUUAACCCAGAGCCUGGCACGCAGCAGGCAAUCAAUAAAUACUUGUUGACUGAUCCGAUGUUUUGGUGCCGGUGAAGAGCUGGGCUUGCCGCUGCUGUCUUCAGCAUAAGUCUUGCUUUUUCAGCUGGGUUUCUAAUUGAGAAUUUAGAGAGUGCAUUGGUGAGGAUUCUUUUGACUGCAAGUAACAAAAUAAAAUGGUGGCA